AUGUCAGACUUCAAAACCGUCUUUUCCAAAGAUGCUGCUCCUCCAGCAGGCCCAUACAGCCACGCCAUAGCAACCCCAUCCACAAUCUACUGCAGCGGCCAAAUUCCCUGCACUUCCUCCGGCGAAAUCCUAACGCAACCCACGUCGAGCAUCGCGCAGAUGACCGAGCUCUGCAUCCAGAACCUAUCCGCGGUGCUGACGGCAGCCGGCUCGUCGCUGCAGAAAGUCGUCAAGGUGAAUGUGUUCCUGACAAGCAUGGAUAACUUCGUGGAGAUGAAUGGGGUGUAUGAGAAGGCGUUUGCGCAUAAGCCGGCUAGGAGUUGUGUGGCUGUCUAUCAGUUGCCAAAGGGGGUGCCGGUUGAGAUUGAGUGCAUUGCUGUCGUGUAG